CCUUUCAAAAUAGUAUGAUUUAUGUCAGAUCAAAAACAGUUUGUGUAUUGUAAAAACAGAGAUUUUAAGAGAAAUUUGUAAAAAUGAAGCGAGUUAAAAGGCAUAAAGUGAAAACGGAGGCGCCGGAAACUUCCACUUCUCACAAUAGAGACCAAGAAAACCAUGAUUUGGCGUAUUAUAUCCACGAUCGAGUGGAACUCAUGCACCAAGUGUUUUCGGUGAUUAAGUAUAAAGAAUUAAAGGCUAUGGUGCCCGCCAGCAUCAGAAACAUAUCUAUAGACGACCUACAGGAACUGUGCACUGAAGAGUUACUCGGAAUAAGUUCAAAGCGACUCUGCGCUAUACUAGACGGGGCUGAGCCCCCGUCCGACACAGAGUCAUCCAGCCCCUCCCCGCCUCCUGAACAGAUGGAGACGAUAUCCCUGGACAGCAUAUCUUCUGACGAUGAGAUCUUGAGCCAGUCUAGUAGUAAGAAGAAGAAGCACAAACAUCGCCACCACUCAAAGUCGAAGUCAAAACGCAAGAAGUCUAAGGAAGAAGACCAGGGUUCAGCAGACAAGAGCAAAGCAUCCCGCGCCGGCCUGACAGUGCUGGAGUUGUUGGAACUGCAAGCCAGAGCCAGGGCUAUCAGGGCGCAGCUGCAGCAGGAGCAGAGAAACAAACCGCCAUCAGAACCGACGCAAGAGCCCCCUCACUCGUCAGACAACGAGGUGGAGAUUAAGGAGGAACCAGCUGAGGUGGUGGAGAUCAGCAGUGACGACGAGAAGCCCAAGAUUGAGGACUUGCAGAAGAAAAUAAACCAAGAGAAAGAGCCCGACCCGCCUCAAUCGCAAGCAACCGUCACAAAACAAGUAAACGAUUUAAUAAUAACAGUACCAAAAUCUACCAAACAGAAAAUAAAAUUAAAUAGAAAUAAAUCCAUUUCUUCUUCUGACAACACUACCAGUGUUGCCAGCAAUAGCGUAGCUUCAAACGAAAAAUCUGUAACUGAAAAUGUUGCUACACCAAAAAAAUCUGAACCAACACCCAAAAGUAACACUGAAGGUAAUAAAAAUGUUAACAAAAAAGAUAAAGCCAAGAAAAAGAAAAAAGAUAAAAAGAAAGAUAGGAAAGAUGACAUUGAUAAUGAUGAGAUCACUCUACAGUUGUCUGAUACUGAAAAGAUGGAUCUUUUAGAAGAUUUAGAUAGAAAAAACUAUGACAGUGUCAGUUCUUGUUCUGACUCUAGUUCUGAUUCUAGCGAUUCUGAAGAUGAUAAGAAAGAUAAAGGUAAAGAUAAAGAUAGCAGUAUGAAAGAAGCAAAUCAAACACCAGAAACUAGCAAAGAUAAUGAAGAAAACACGGAUAAAGUUACUGUGGUAUCUGAAAAGAUUGAAAAAGAUAAUACUGAAAAAGAUUUAGAAGCCAAAGAUGAUGAGAGUCCAAAUAAAGAUACAAUUGAGGUUGAAAAAGAAGAAGAAUCUAAUCAGAAAAUUGACCAAAAAGAUUGUAGUAAGAACACUCAAUUAGAAUCUUCUGAAAAUGAUAAUAAUACUGAAAAAGGAGACAAAAUGGAUACACGCAUUGAAGAAAUUAAUUCUAGCACUGAAAUUAUUGAAACAAAUCCAGAAACUGAAUUAAAUAUUGCUAAAGAUAAAGAUAUAAGUGAAAAAGAUCAACCUGCCACUUUAAAAGGCACUGUCGAAGACACAGAUGUAAUAAAAGAUAUAAAUACUAUAAUAGAUGAAGAAAACACCUCACAAACAAAAGAUACAGACAACAAUAUGUCAGAAGGAGAAUUGUCAGACCGAGAGAGUUCAGAAGUUGAAGCAGUAGACUUAAAACCUGAAGUAGUCUGCAUUUCAGACGAGGAAGGAAGCAAGAAAUCCAAAAAGAAAAAGAAGAAAAAAGAUAAGAAAGCAAAAAAAGAUAAGAAAACUAAAAAGAAGGAUUUUCGUGAAAGCGCCGAUCAGAACUUUUUCAAAAAUAAUGAUGGUAACACUUCUGAAAAUGAAAUUGAAAAUCCGCGUUCUAUAGAAGUCAUAGACAAUACUACAGCAGACACGGGUAUAGACAAGAAUGUACCUACAACUGAAAACCCAGACAAAGUAGAUUUAACUUCAGAAAACACAGAAAAAGAAAAUAAAGCCCUUUCAGACGACGACAUAGAAGCAGUUUACGAAAUAAUGGAACUCUCAGACGACUCAUCUUGCUGUGAAGUGGAACUCAAAAUAUUAUCUAAAGAACCUACUACUUCGGAAAUUGAGGCUUUAUCCGCCAAAAUUGACGAAAUAGAACGGGAAGAAAUAAUAACAGAAAAAGAAAUAAUUGAAUAUGAAAAACAAAAAGAGCAAAAUGAUUUGGAUUCAAUUACAAAUAUAUCCUGGAAAGAUCGAUACUUAGACAGUACAAAAGUCAAAAAAGUUCUAAACACAGCUAACAUUUUAAAUGCUAUUAGAAAAAAGAAUAUAGAAUUAAAAAAGAAACUAGCAGAAUCUAAAAAUGAUGAGAAAGAAGCUGAAAGAGAAAUAGAAAUUGAGAAAGAGAAAAUAGACAAUAUAGUUUUAGAAGAAGGGACUAUUGAACAGUACAAUACUUUGGAAACUUCUAAUAAAUAUGUAGAUCCGGUGAAAGAAGUAUCGAAAGACUUGAAAAAAGAUGCAAAAUUGCUACUGAAAAUGUAUAAAAAGCUACUAAAAUAUAACGAUAUGAAUAAACCCGAGAAUCCUAAUAAACAGAAAAAGAAAAAACGGAAAAAGGUAAAGAAAGAUAGUAAGAAUAAAGAUGCAAAAGAUACGGUAGUGAGUGAAGUAGAAAGUACUUCUAAAGUUAAUAUUUUAAGUAAAGAUGAUAAUAUACAAGUUGCAGAGGAAGUGACUAAUUUAAACUAGGUAUGAGAA